CCGUUUGGGACGCGCCCCGCUCUCCGGGAGCCACCCGCAGCUCGUUUCUCCUUCACUACUGCCUAAUGAAUCUGGAGACUGUGGAGUGGCGAUGCCGGUCAGAAGUGUCCCCGUCCGAGAGCCGGCGUUCCCCGGCAGGUUACUGCAGCAGUAUCUGGUUUUAUUAAAGAAAUACCCCAUUAUCACCAAGUCGGUCACCAGUGGCGUUCUCUCAGCGCUCGGGAACCUCCUCUCUCAGUACUUGGAGUCAAAGAAAAAGCGCAAACAAGGCCGUCCAGCGAAGGAGGUGGACCUUUAUGGACCCGUCCGGUUUGCUGUGUAUGGGCUGGUCAUAACAGGUCCGGUCAGUCACUACUUCUACCACCUGCUGGAGGCGCUGUUCCCAGCCACGGAGCCCUACUGCAUGCUGAAGCGCCUGCUGCUGGAGCGCCUCAUUAUCGCCCCUGCCUUCCUCCUGCUGUUCUUCGUGGUGAUGAAUGCUCUGGAGGGUAAGACUGCUGCAGACCUCCAGGACAAAAUGAAAACACGGUUCUGGACUGCACUCAAGAUGAACUGGAAGGUCUGGACGCCGUUUCAGUUCAUCAACAUCAACUACGUUCCUGUACAGUUUCGGGUGCUGUUUGCCAACAUGAUUGCCUUGUUCUGGUACGCCUACCUCGCAUCUGUCAGGAAAUGACAUCUAAGCAGGGUUUAGGGAGCAAACACUCUUUAAACAAUAAAAAGGGUUCUUUAAGGGUUCUUUAGUAAAAAAGAAUGCUACUAAAUAGAACCAUGAGUUCUGUGGUGAGAACCGUGGUUCUUUAGAUGCUGAAAAGAUUCUUCAGCUUGAUAGUGAAUUGUAUGUGGCUCUGUAUACAACCUUAUUUCCAAAAAAAUAUGUAAAUAAAAGCAGAAUGCACUGACUGGCAGAUCAUUUAAACCCUAUAUUCAAUUGAAAAUAGUGCAAAGACAGCAUGUCAAAUGUUGAAAUUGAGAAAUUUUGUUUUUUGAAAAAUAUUUGCCCAUUUUGAAUUUGAUGCCAACACCACAAUCCAAAAAAGUUGGGACGGGGUCCCUGUUUACCCCUGUGCUUCAUCGUUUCUGCUUUUAGCAACACUCUGUAAGCGUUUGGGAACUGAGGAGACACUGCUGUAGUUUUUUAAAGUGAAAUGUUUUGUUAUUCUUGCUUGAUAUAAGAUUUCAGCUUAACAAUUCAGGCUGCCUUUUGUUGCGUUUUUUUUUUUUGUUGUUUCAUAAAAUGGCAAUUGUUAUUAGUGGGGAAAGGUCUGGACAGCAGGCAGGUCAGUUUAAAACCCAGACUCUUUAAUACGGAGCAAUGCUGUUGUAAUAUAUGCAGGAAGUGGUUUUACAUUGUCUUGCUGAAAUAAGUAAGCCUUCCCUGAAAAAGACGUCAUUUGGAUGGCAGUAUAUAUCAUCAGCAUUAAUGGUGUCUUCAAAGAUAUGCACUACGGCAUACAAUACCGUCACAGAUGCUGGCUUUUAAACUGUGCACUGAUAACAAGCCGGAUGAUUCCUCUCCUCUUUAGCUCAGAUGAUGCGGAAUCUAUGAUUUCCAAAAAGAAUUUCAAAUGUUGAUUCGUCGGACCACAGGACCCUUUUCCACUUCGUCUAUUUUAAAUGAGCUUGGGCCCAGAGAAGGUGGCAGCAUUUCUGGACCCUGUUCAUAUCUGGUUUCUUCAUUGUGUUUUAGAGUUUUAACUGCAGUGAUGAAGUGUUUUCUCAGACAGUGGUUUCUAAAGUGUUCCUGAGGCUAUGCAGUGAUUUCCACUACAGGAUCGUGUCUGUUUUAAAUACAGUGCCUCCUGAAGCCUCUCUGUGAUGCUCGUUUUAUACCCAGUCGUUACUGACCUGUUGCCAAUUAACCUAAUUAGUUGUGAAAUGUUGCACCAGGUGAUUUUUUUUUUUUAGCAUUACACAACUUUACCAAUCUAUUGCUGGCCAUGUCCCAACUGUUUUGAAACCCAUUUGCUUGUGUCAAAUUGAAAUUGGGCGUGUAUUUUUCAUACCAUUUCUCAGCUUCAACAUCUCUAUUAUUUUAUUAUUUACUAUUUUCAGUUAAACAUGGGGCGUAAAUGAUUGGUUCAUCACUGCAUUUCUGUUUUUGUUUACGUUUUGCACAGCAUCCCAACUUUUUUGGAAAUGGGGUUGUACAACUUUUCGGGAAAUGGCUUUUCUAUUGUUACAAGCUUGACAUUAUAACAAUAGAAGAAAGAAUUUUAGUCCUACAUAGAACCAGUUUCCAAAAGGUUCUAUUUAGAACCAUUUACAACACAUUCUCCAUCAAUCUGAAGGACCAUUUCACCAUGCAAAGAACCACGGGUCGCACCAUAGGCCUGAUGGUGCUACAUAGGACCAUAACCUGUACUGAAGAACCCUUGAAGAACCAUCUUUUGUAAGAGUGUGGGCCAGUUCUAACGAAGCCAGUUGUGCCUUUGAGAUACUGUGCUAAGUCAGGUAUGGAUGAAUCACUGCCUUCUAAUACAGAUUUUCUAGCAUCGUCUGUGGCAGGUUGCCACAGAUGUUUGUGCUAGACGAGAGUUUACCUGAUCUUCCUCCAAUUACUUUUGUUAAAUGACUGUUGAGCUGAGAGUAAUCAUUUUGGCUAAUGCUAAUGCUAAUGCUAACAUGCUUUAACUGAAUGAAGCAUUAAACAGGAUUAUAAUGUACAUCAUGUUUGCAGAUGGUCCACUACUAAAUAAACGUGUGAAUGUUUUUAAUAAAAAUAAUAAUUUAUUUGACUGUUUAAAAGAUGUUGAAUACAAACGGUUGUUGGAACGAUCAAAUGCAUUAAAAUGAGCUAUUCUUGUCAUCAUAGUGCAUGAAA